UGAGUGGAGUUUCUUUUGUAUCACAAUAUACCCGAAAUUAUCGAGUUUCUACUUACAUUCACUUAUUCAAAGUUUAGUUCUUUGUACAUUUCAAGUGCUUCACUAGUGGGACUGCGUUGAGAGCUGCUGAUAGUGGGUGAAAAGUGUGUUUUUCCGGGGGUGUACGUGGAUUGCAAGUUGGGGGCACAUUAAAACAAAAAUGGCGGCCAAUGUUGACACUUGUUUGUGGCUGCAUAACAAAUUGGGGACCUCCAACACCAACGACAGCUGGACCAGCGGCUCCAUCUGCUCACAGCUGAACAAGGAGGUGUUGAAGAACAUCAAGGACUGCUUCCCGGACCUGCAGACGCAAGUGAAAUUGAAAUUGCUGCUCAGCUUCUUUCACAUUCCGCGGCGUCAUGUCGAGGAGUGGAAGAAGGAGUUGGAGGAGAUCAUCGAAGUGGCAGGUCUGGAUUCGGAGUUGUGGGUGUCGAUGGUAGCGGAGACGAUGAAGACGUUUCCUGCCACGGGAUCUCUCAAUACGGAAAUCUCAGACUACGAUGAGACGCGUCCCAUUUUCACUGACAUGGUGAAUGACCUGAAGAAGCUGGUGAAUAAGCACAGCGAUCUGUGCAUGCUUCCUCUCGAGUGCCAGUAUCUCAACAAGGCCGCCCUCAUCUCUGUCGUGGGUCAGCAAUCGCCUCCAGUAAAGCACUUUACACUCAAGAGAAAACCCAAGAGCGUCCAACUGCGUGCGGAGCUGCUGCAAAAGUCUUCGGACGCCCAGUCGACGCUGAAAAAGGCCAGUGCGCCCACUAUUCCUCUGAGAUCCCGCGGAAUGCCCAGGAAAAUGACAGACACGACCCCCCUGAAGGGGAUUCCCUCCCGGAUGCCAACGUGCGGCUUCAGAUCACCGACUGCGGGUUCUGGGCUCAGUCGGCCGAAUCUGAGUCGGACUCCCGCGGGCCGGAAAGAUGGUGGGAUCAAGUUGCUGGACAUUGCUGAUCAACCUCUGGGCUAUGCUGCGGCGAAGAAGAGGAAACGACAGAUGGAAUUGGAGGAGCAGCAGAAGAAAGCAGAAGCCAUGGCCGCCGCGACGGCCAGUGGAGCGUCCAGCACCCCAACAAGCUCUGUGUCUUCGUCGACGCCUGACUAUGCGGCCGGCCUGACAGCUUCAGCAAUUUACACUCAGCCAGCAACUCCAGCUUCUUCCCUGACGGCCAGCGUGAAGGAGACUCCGCUGAACUCUGUCAAUUCUGUGACGUCUGGAGUGUCCAAGGGUGUGACAGGAGCUUCCGUUAUCUCUACGUCGUCCAUCGUGGCCAGCAGUGGAGGCGCCACGCCGAAGCACAAUGUGAUGGAGGCGAUGUAUGACAUGAAGCAAGUGAUGGAUUGUAAGGCGGAUUCGCCGACGGAGGAAUACGAGGAGAUUGUGACUUCGCCAACAACUCCCAAAGCUCCCAAAAUGUCCACUAAGCUCAUCACUUCGGCUACGAUUGUGUCACAGGCGCCUAGUUUGGUGAAGGCUGAGCCAACAUCACAUAUUCCAGCCGCGUCUUCCACGGUGACUUCCUCACCACAGAGCGGCGGAGCUCAAGUGAUAUCGCAGACGGUCAUCUCGUCGCCUAUGUCGCUGAAUAUGCCGGCGCUGACGGUGUUCUCGUCCCCGAGCGCAGUGCAGGGAUCACACAUUGUGCGGCAAGAGGUGCCAUCGGGUGGCCAAACAGUCGUGGUGUCGCAGGCGUCAACGGCGUCGCCGCAGCAAUUCCACCAAAUAGCGCAGAUGCCAAAGAUCGUGCAAAUCAAGACGGCGCCCACGAUCAUGAUGGGUCCGUCGAACACCAGCAGUAUCCCGCCACUCAUACCCAGUCAGCCGCAUCAGGUGAUUGGGUCAUCUCACAUAACAACUCCCACGUCCAAUGUUGUAACUCUGGUGGCUGGUCCGCAGACGGGUCAGACUCAGACAUUGGGCCAGACAGCUCAGAUAGUUACGGGACAAGGUGGGCAAAAGUUCGCCGUGAUGUCAGCGCCCAAUGUGAAGGGGAAGACCUUCAUCCUCACAAAUCCUGGCAUGUUGGCGCAAAAGGGUGUCAUUAUCAAGAGUGUCGCUCCGGGCGGUAAUACAAUUUACCAGCAGAUCCCCAUCAGCAAUGUGUCGGGGCUGCAAAAUCUGACUGGAACCACAAUUCUCACCGGCUCGCCGGCGGGCAUUAUCAAGACGUCUGGUGAACAGAGUGGACAAGCUACGACAGCGACUCUGAAUCAAAUCCCCGCCCUUGUGCCGACGAGAAGCAUCUCGCAGAAUAUUCCUUCUCUCACGCCUGUGGUUAUUGCACCGCAGAAUCAACAGCAGAAUAUCCCAGCUCUAAUCACAAAUGUGUCAUCGCUGCAGCAGCAGAACACAAUUCAGAGCCCACAGGGCACGAUAAUCAGACCGGUGUUGGCGACUAAUAUGCAGGGAUUGAAUGUACUUAAUCAGCAAGGGUACACACUCAUACAGCGACCUGGCGGACAGCCCACCCUCAUUCAGGCCAUCCCGGCGUCUCAGGCAACUGUGCAGCAAGCUCAGCAGGCGCCCAGUCAGCAGCAGGCGGCGCAGAUUCAGAGGAGUGCCACGGUGCAGGCGGUACAGCAGCCUGGCCAGCCGAGACAAGUGCAAUCCGCUCAGCCGAUCCGGAAGGGACUCUCGCUAUCGAGCGAACACGUGAAUAAAGUGCAUGAGAUGUUCAGAGGUGCUAAUCGUGUCACGAGACUGGACAAAGCUCUCAUAUUGGGAUUCAUUUCUGGACAGAGGGAAAAUCCACGUCCAAAUCCCGACAACGUUGUCACAAUAACUCUCAAUCAGACAAAGGAAAAGGUGAAGCAGGAGGAUGACACCGAUGCAGUGAUGCUCGUUGAAUCUUUCAUACGCUUGGACUACAACACAAUGGAAUACAAGACUUUCCAAAAGUACCGACGUCUGGAUCAACCCGCGACACACGACAAUCAAAAGGUAACAUCCGCUAGUGGCAGCACGCAGAGUUCGGUCGCUAUAUAAUGUUGCAUCAGUAUCCGGAAAAAGGGACUCGCUUUCCUUUUUUUCGCUGAAGGCUAUCAAAGGGAACAAAAAAUACCGAGUUUGGCGUGCGAUAUUCUCUCUUUGACGAGGUCGAUGAUGAGCAAAAAGCGUGAAUUGCACUUUGCUGAUAUCAACAUGAUUUUGCAAUGAGAGAAUUGAGAAUUUAGGUGAUAUAUUAUAAUGCCCGUUUUAGCAUGAUAUGAUAUAGAAUACGAAUGAUGAAUUGAUUUCAGAGGUGAAAAAUGACAAAAUAUCGCAAUAUUUCACUCUAUGCAAGAUUUUGAGAGGAUUCUUUAGAAGAAUUGAUCCAUUUUAGAUAUGAUUCUAUUGAAAUUGAAAAUAAAUUCCACAGAAAUAAAGAAAAUACAGAUUGAAAUAUAAAUUUGAAACUUUUCUAUUUGUUCAACACUAUGCGAAAAUAAGAUGGAAGUUUAUCCGUUUUGGACACUCUGCUCUAACUGGUUAUCUGGCUACCGUAUGAUAUUGAUAAAGGAAUUAGCAUUUUACAUUCAAAUGUUCUCGGAAAUGUUGAGGAACUUUGGGCACAUUUCUGCACAGUUUUACGCCUUUUAACUUUAAUUUCUAAAUUUCUCAAUGCCAUUAUUUGACUCAAGAACACUAUUUUUCAAUUAAGUUUCUUUAGCAUGAGUAAAUGUUCAGAGAAGUAAUUGCUGAGCAAGCUCUCUUCAUUUUGCAGCAAUUAAAUGAUUUGAAACAAUUCUAACCAGUUUGGCCUGACGCCAAAUUAUCGGCCAACUAAAAUCAACUGUUUUUUUGCUCAUACAAAUCCAUUUAAAUGGAAUUCAAAUGAAUAUCCGAAAUAGUACCAUUUGUUUUCAAUCAGAUCUUUAUGGUCAGGCUCAUUGUCUCAAUUAACAUUUGUGUCGUGUUUUGGAAGAAGAAUAAUAUAAAAUGACUGUAAAUAGUAAAGAAAAUCAAAAUUAGUGUUCAGUAGUAACAUAAAAAAUAUUGCCAAAUUCUCAUUAUCAGCCAAUUUACAGAAAUAAUUCCGUUUUGUGUCAAACUUCCCGAAAAAAAUUUAUUCCAUGAGUAAUUAUGGCGUUAAUGCUCUGUGCAAUAUGUGUUAAUUGAAUUGACUGAAAUAAUUGUAAUUUGGAAAAGUUUAAUUUCAGAAGAAUGUACGGUAGAAAAAAGUCAACAUAAAUUUCAUAUUAAUUGCAUCGUUGUACCCCAGGAUAUUCCAAUGGGACAAAUUAAAUGACGCAAAAUAUACCCAUAUUAUUCAAUUUGGAGAGCAUAGUGUUUUUUGCGAAGUAAUGAAUUGCUGUCCAUUUUCUCUACAUGAAACCCUGUAUUUAUCCUCUCGGGUCUUUUCUAUGUAGCCGGUAAAUUAUUUUAAUUAGAGGGCACCAAUGCAUCACCUUUUCGCAACAGUUUUUCCCUGCUAGAAAUGCAAUAUAGUAUAUAUUCUCUGUACCAACCGUUGCAGUGUUAUGAACCAUGCGUGAGUUGCUAUUUUGCCGAGUGGGUAGUUCAUAAGCCUUAACUGUAUAUUUAUUGCGAGAGGCGGGACGCGGGGAAGGGAGUGCAACUGGCGUUGUUGUGUAGAAGGAUUGUUAUAAUUUUACAAUUAUAUAUUUACAUAAUAGAAAUUUAUACAGAAAAAAGUGGUAUAUAUUGAUGAAGGAUGUGUAACAAAUCAUACAAGUCAAAUUGCAGAGAGGUGGAUUGGUGUAAAAUAGUUGUUUUUGCUCUGAAGCUGUAGAAAGGAUUCCCACAGAAUGAACAAAAAAAGAAAUAUCCUGUAAAAUGUGUUCUCAGAGACGAUAUGUGAGUGUCGGCGAGGCGAGAAGAUGUAUACAACAAAAAAAAGUGGAUAGAGAUUUUAUUGACGAGAGAAUGUGUAUGCUUCUAAAUGAUAAGCUUGAACUUCUCCAAAAAAGGAACUUAUCACAAGUAAACUUGAAAAUUCAAAUAAAUUGUAAAGUGAGUA